AUGGCCGACACCGAAUAUCUGCGGAGCCUUUGCGGCGUUCAUCCAGACUUUCCCAAGAAGGGCAUCGUAUUUCUAGACAUUUUCCCAAUCUUCCGGAAUCCGGUGGCCACAGAAACACUCAUAACGAACUUCGUUCACCACCUAACUUCUGAAACCAUCCCGAAAUCGCAAACGAAGAAGAUCGAUGUCGUUGUCGGCCUGGACGCUCGGGGCUUCCUCCUUGGCCCCAUAGUCGCGCUUAGGCUGGGCGCGGCGUUCGUACCUGUGCGUAAGAGAGGAAAACUGCCCGGACAAUGCAGCGCCGCUGUUUAUGAGAAGGAAUACGGAGAGGAUGUGUUUGAGAUGCAAUCCGAUGCAAUCCAGCCCGGGCAAACCGUCGUCAUCAUCGAUGACCUGAUUGCAACAGGGGGCUCCGCCAGGGCAGCAGGGGAACUCGUUGAUAAGCAGGGCGGCAAUACCCUCGAAUACUUGUUCAUCAUCGAACUCGCCUUUUUGCAAGGGGCAUCGAAACUCAACGCACCGACUUAUUCCAUAGUUAAGACCGAUGAUUAG